AUGCCUUAUGUGGAUCGACAGAACCGAAUCUGUGGGUUUCUGGACAUCGAGGAGAAUGAGAACAGCGGCAAGUUUCUGCGGAGGUACUUUAUUCUGGACACCCAGGCCAACUGCCUUCUCUGGUACAUGGACAACCCCCAGAACCUGGCAAUUGGGGCAGGAGCUGUUGGAUCUUUGCAGCUGACCUACAUCUCGAAGGUGAGCGUAGCUACACCAAAGCAGAAACCAAAAACUCCAUUUUGCUUCGUCAUCAAUGCCCUCUCUCAGAGGUAUUUCCUUCAAGCUAAUGACCAGAAAGAUCUGAAGGACUGGGUUGAAGCCUUGAACCAAGCCAGCAAAAUCACCGUGCCAAAAGUUGGGAGCCUGCCCCUGACUACCGAGGUUCUGAAAAGCCUAGCAGCUCCUCCAGCCCUAGAGAAGAAGCCGCAGGUGGCCUACAAGACCGAGAUCAUCGGAGGGGUGGUGGUACACACGCCUAUCAACCAGAAUGGUGGGGAUGGGCAGGAAGGGAGUGAACCUGGGUCCCACGCCAUCCUUCGAAGGUCUCAGAGUUACAUCCCUACGACAGGCAGCCAUGUUCCAUCUGGGCCCCACUUCAUUAAGAGCGGCUACUGCGUGAAGCAAGGGAAUGUGCGGAAGAGCUGGAAACGUCGCUUCUUUGCACUUGAUGACUUUACUCUCUGCUACUUCAAGUGUGAACAGGACCGAGAACCACUGCGCACUAUAUUUCUCAAGGAUGUUCUUAAGACCCAUGAGUGUCUGGUCAAAUCUGGUGAUCUCUUAAUGAGGGACAACCUGUUUGAAAUCAUAACAAGCUCCAGGACCUUCUACAUACAGGCGGACAGUCCAGAAGACAUGCACAGCUGGAUUAAGGAGAUCAGGGCAGCUGUCCAGGCCCUCAAAUGCCACCCCAGAGAUAUGUCCUUUUCUAGAUCCAUCUCUUUGACUCGCUCUGGAAGCUCCAGCCUGUCAGGUGGGCCCAACUCUGCCUUGUGCAGGGGGCGGCCAGCUGUGGAAGAGAAAAAAGCCCUCUGCAAAGCCCCCUCUGUGGCUUCCUCCUGGCAACCCUGGACACCUGUCCCCCAGGCCGGGGACAAGCUGCUUCCAGCUGAAGAGACUCCUGGGGACUCCUUGUUCAUGCCUCGACCUGGGGAGAGCAGUACUUCUGGGGUGUUGCCCAGCUCCCGGAUAAGGCACAGAUCAGAGCCCCAGCACCCCAAGGAGAAGCCAUUUCUGUUCAGCCUUGAUGAUGAGAGCAUACGAACUUCUGAUGUGUGA